GUAGCACUGCCCCUUCCCCGCUGUAGCUAGAAGCUAGCUAAUGGUUGAAUGCACAUUGAAUGAAAGUCAACGUCAGUUUAUUACAGUGAGACGACCAGCGACCAAAUAAGAUCUGCAAAUUGAGUCAUCGUAGGCUAUACGCCGUAGGUAGCUAGCGAGUCUGUUUUUAUAAGAGAUACGAUUACAAAUUGCAAAAUAUAGGCUGACUCCAGUUUUGAAAACGAAGGUAAAGGACCAAGCUCCGCAUGGCCACGCAGCGAGCCACGGCGCCCUGGGCUGCCUGGCUGGGGACCGCGGUGCUGUCGCUGCUAUUGUACCGGUGUUGGGCUGACGGUGGGGGGCCCAGCCUCGCCGAGCGAGUUAUAUGGGCAGUGAACGCUGGAGGGGAAGCGCACACAGACAUGCACGGCAUCCAUUUCAAAAAGGAUCCCCUGGAAGGGAAACUCGGAAAAGCCUCUGAUUACGGCGUGCGCCUGCCUAUCCUGCGCUCGAGUCCAGAGGACCAGGUUCUAUAUCAGACGGAGCGCUACAACGAGGACACUUUCGGCUACGAGGUGCCCAUCCGAGAAGAAGGGGACUACAUAUUAGUCAUGAAGUAUGCAGAGGUCUACUUUGCUCAGUCUCAGCAAAAGGUGUUUGACGUGCGUCUCAACGGCCACGUGGUGGUAAAAGAUCUGGAUAUCUUUGAGCGUGUGGGUCACAGUACAGCCCACGACGAAAUAGUCCCCUUCUCCAUCCGCCGGGGCAAGCUGAGCGUGCAGGGAGAGGUUUCCACCUUCAAUGGCAAGCUCAACGUGGAGUUUGUUAAGGGUUAUUACGACAACCCCAAAGUCUGCGCUCUCUACGUCAUGAAGGGAACACUAGAAGAUGUACCGAAGCUCCAGCCCCACCCGGGCUUGGAGAAACGCGAGGUGUUGGUGGAGGAGGAGGAAGAGGAGGAAGACCCUGAGGUAGGGGAGGAGAGCGGCAAGAAGAGCACCUCCGCGGCGCCCAAGAACCGCGUCCAAUCAGGGCCCCGGACACCCAACCCCUAUGCCGCCGACAACAGCAGCCUCAUGUUCCCCAUCCUCGUGGCGUUUGGCGUGUUCAUCCCCACACUGUUCUGCCUCUGUCGGCUCUGAGCGUCUGGCAACCAGAGGAGGAGAGGUGGCGGAGAGGGUGCUAGGGCAGGGGUCUAAACGGACAAUAAAUGGAAUAGCGAGAGAGACGGACGGAGUGAGUGAGGGGGACAGAGAGAGACGUCAUGGGAUGAGUUGAAGAUGACAUUACUGCUACAAAAGCAUACAUACAGGAGAUGGAGGCAGGAGGACGGUGUUUGUUCUCAAUUGUUUUGUUUUUUAAAUAUGGUGAAGGUGCAAACCAGUUACCAGGGUGUGUUUCUUUUUUGGUUUUGCAAGAGAACUGUAAGGGGAGGCGGUUACCAUGGGAUUUUACUGUUGAAUGUGUAGGUGCUGGGGCGAUCGUGUGAUUGUGUUCAACAUCCAUUGGCGCUGGCCCUGAACAAACUUACUUGCAUCCUUUUCACCAACACAAGACGUGGCAAGAUCUCGAGUUAAUCUGUCUUAAGUUGAACACCACAUGUUUUCUUGAGUUGUACAAAACAUGGGUUACGGUUGUGGACCUAUGUUCUAGUGCAGGGUUUAGUAACUCAAACAUUGGACACUUGCUCUGCAUAAGUUUCAACCCACACUCACUGAACUCAAACUUCUAAAGGAGAACUAAUUGGGUGUUUUAACAGUAAGCAUGAGAAUACAGUGGCCAUUUGAUGCUGUUCAUAUUUCAUUUGUGAAUGAUUUUGGCUCUCUGUAGUGUGCUACUGAUUAUAACUGUGUACAAUCACAUUGGCCAGUAUCCUUCCCCACAUCUCUUAGUUGUUAUUCAUGGAGUCUAUAGUCCCUGUCAUCUUUUUUACAAGAUUUAUGCUUUUACAAACAUAAAACAGUUGGGCAUCAAAAAUCAGUUCAGUCCUUGACAAACAAAAUUUGAGUCCAGUUCUAAAUUUUUUUUAUUAUUUUAGAUGGAGCUAUAAACUAUGAAGUUAUAAAAAGAAGUUGCAUUCACUUUUCUUUUUAGGGCAAUCGUUAUUCAGGUCCCUUAAUCGCAGUGGAUGAUUGGCCAUAUUUUCAUUGAUGUUUGAAUGGAUUACGUUGCCAUUACUGUCCUUACCUUCACAUUGCAUUAACUCUGAGUGCUACAUGGACACUGCCUUGUUUUGCUGAUAAGCACACGCCUUCCAUUUGUUUCACCAAAGAAACAUUUCUGUUAUUUAAUGGAGGAAUUGUUUAGCAUUCAGUCCCCCCAAACCAGAUCAAGGUGUGCGAGUGGAAUCCCAGGAUGAGCAUGCUUAGAUGUAUGCUGUUUUAUUAUUUAUAGAAGAAUCGAUCUAAAUGAAAAUGAGCUGCUCGCCAGUCUUAAAACAAUGUUGCCAAGCUUUUGUAAUUGUAGUCUUAAAAUUGUUUUGUCUUUCUUUUCGUUUGGCGUUGUGGAAAUGGACAGUGGAUCUGAGUUGUGGACAUGACGGUGCUGAUCACGGCUAUGAACUGAACACAAUUAUUUAUUUAGGGACUGGUGGCGCAGCGAUUAGCAUUGUUGCCUCGCUGGCAGGACGUCCGGGGUUCGAAUCUGACUGCAGGCUGUUCUGCCUGCGUUAAUUUUGGGUUGCUCUGAGUGCUCCUGGUUACCGUGUCCAGUCCAGGGCCCUUGGCAGGCCGCAGGCCCCCGAGCAGCCAUCAGGGCCCCAUCUUUCACCACAGCUGAAACAGGGCUAUCUGAAAUGAAUAAGUAUGUGCUUUGAUAGACCCAACAGCGUCUAACAAGGUAUGGUGAACAUCAUCCACUGUUGGGCCAUGCUUCCUUUUUAUACAUCAAAAUGUAUCCCAUUGAAAUAAGUUGCGGGGUAUGUUUUGUUUUAACGGUGAGGUAUAGGGGUAAAAAACUGAAUUAUUCAAAACCAAAACGUUAGCAUUCGUUAGGUUGACUUAUUUUUAAUUUUUCAUUACUCUUGCUUUAAGCUUUUUUUUUUGUUGCCUGUGAGGUGUGCACUGAAAGCAUGUGUAUCGUGUGCGCUUUGGGAGACGGCUCAGCUGUGGAGUGACUCGGGAUCCUCUGUGGGUUCUGAGCACGAGCCGGGUCGCCGUUGCUUCUGGGUGCUGUCAGAAUCUCAGUCCACUUGAAUGGACCCUGGAAACAGACGAAAGCCUUUACCGUGUCGGCCUCUUUCUGGUAGAUUUGGUAGCAGGCCACCUCCUCACCCUCACCGUGGGUCAUGUCUGCACACACUCGGCCCCUGGACGGCGACGGCCCCCUUUGGUUCUUCUUCCGUAACUGAAGGCAGGUUUUUCUCCCGCUCCGUUGGCGAACAGUGGUUUUUAUGUAUCACAUUACUUCCAUUAAGUGCUAAGCUCUUCACCAAGGAGGAUGAAUGUUGUAACUUAGCCUGUAAUACCUUUCCGGUCUUCAAAACCCCCAAGACUGUUCUCCUAUUGGUUUGGCUCUUCGUUGACAAACGGUCCAGGUCCUAAGUAUUCCCCUCAAAUCCCCCCCUCCCUGUUUAUUGCUGCCACAAAAAUAGUAGUUUUCCAUGUCGGUUCGUUAUUGGCGUUUUGUUUUCUUGUUUUUAAGAUAUACCUAAUGCGAGCACCUUUUUUCUUUCCCUUAAAGGUCGCAAGAAGUUAAUUUAAUUCAGCACCAAAGUCACCACUUUGUUUAAUAAAUCAAAUCUUUCUACACGGUUGCUUGUGUAUAUAAGGUACAAAAUUAUUAUUUUUAUAGCGUAACAGUAGUCACCCUUUUUUUCUGUUUAAUAAAAAAAUGAUGUUACUCUUUUCCAUUAUUUGUUUUUCUGUCAUGUUAAAACAUACAUGAGGCCUUUUUGCUGAAGUAGAAGUAUUGUUGGUACGAAAUAAAUCGUGCAAAAAAUGACCAGAUGGUCGAAACUCAAAAGAAAAGUAAAAUAUUUGAAUUUUCCGAUUUAGUAUGUUUUAAAUGUAAAUUUUAUCAAAAGCGGGGCUAGUCUGGAGAGAUGUUGAUUCAUGCUCAGAUUUAUAUGUUUUGAAUUGUUUCCUCAGGAUCUUUAAUUUGUUUUUAUUUGUUUAACUUUUUAUUGGUGUUGUUUUGCACUGCCUCGUUUAUGUUCAGAUCACGUGUCAUUCUGUGUAUGUUUUUUUUUCCUUUGUUGCCUUGAUUAUUGAAUACAUUGUGCUUUGCCACCA